AUGGGUCACUCGAUGCGGGAUCACUCGUCCUUUGUACGGCCAUCCACCCGGGAUCGGCCUACGACACGCGGCGAAGGGGAAAAUUCGCUGGUCGUUCCUAGCCGCACGUCGUCGCUGCAUUCACGCAUCACCCAACCUAGUCCUUCCACACUCACCGUCAAGCCCGCCCAGCGGACACCGAAAACACUCACUCAUGCGUAUAUGGUAUGCGGUGUUGGUCGCGAACCCUCCCAAUGGGUCAAGGCCCCCGCCCCCGCCCAGGGUAAGAUUGGCCACAUGAAGGGAGCCGUGGGUCAGUUCUGGCUCCCCGAGAUCCUGGGUAGCAGCCCUCGCCUCGAGCAGGACAACGAAAUUGCACGAGCGCUGCACUCAGCUAUGAGAGCUUGCUUCCCCCACGAUGUAGAGAUUUGCACAGGCAAGAGCCAGCCUCACUGUGCUCACCACGCGUUCGUGUUGCAGCAAGAUUCCUCCCACACCCUGUACGGUAUCGCGCUGCGCGUUUGGUCCCGUGCUGACGAGAAGCGCGCCGAGACGAUUCGCGAGCUGCGCAAGAAAACGGAGCCGGACUUCUACGACAACCCCGAUGAGACUUACUGGAUUCCUUACUGUCUCAGCUUCCUCUCCCGCUACCCGCUCUACGACCUGCUGGGCGAUUACCUGCGCGGUAUGUGGAUUCACUGGAACAAGGCUACCAACCUGUUCCACGCCGAGGAGGUCUCGCGUAUCCUCAGCUUCCCCGCCCCGCGUCUGAAUGACCUGGUCCGCAUUGAUAUGAAGGACUAUGCUCUCUGCUACCAAUUCCCCUCUUCGCCAACCGGCUUCCAGAACUUCGCCAUGUGGCCGUUGUUCACCUGUCUCUCGAUCCCCAACAUUGUUGGCGUCAUCGAGGCUGCCGUAUCGCCCACUCGCCGCAUCAUCUUCGUCAGUCACUAUCCCGCCAUGUUGACUGUCGCGGCCGAAACCAUCCGCUACUGUGUUCGCGUCUACGAAUGGAGUGGACUUUACGUGCCUGUCGUGCACGCCCGUCACGUCAAGGAGCUUGCUCAGGAGCCAGGUCCUUACAUCCUGGGUGUUACUGCCGAGUGCCGUACCCUGUUCAACGCGCCCGCCGAUGCUCUGGUUGUCGACCUGGACCGCAACUUUGUCCUUACCUCCAGCCCUCCCAAUGUCCUGAACCAGGGCCAGCGCACCAAGUUCAUCACCCGCAUGACUCAAUCUCUCAAUGGCGAUGUUUCACCUUCUGGUGUGCCUGCACACUUGCGUACCGCUUACGCUGGUGGCAAGCUCAUCCCCGCCGGUCAGAUCAUCGUUAUGAGAGGCGAGGUCGAGAGCGUCGAGGAGCCUCAAUGGUGGAACCAGGAUGCCGUUAUGGGCGUCAUGGAUCACGUUUGUGAGAAGCUGGGCCGCAACACCGGUAUGAAGGCUAUCUUCGGUGGCUCCGUGAAGAAGCCACUGAUGACCAAGGUCUCCAUGCGCCAUCUCAAUGAGAUUGUCCGUGAGCGCAACCAGUACUCCCGUGACGCCAUGGAGGCGUGGCAGGACUUCAUCAACCUCAAGGGACGAAUGGACACCGAACUCAGCAAGGUCAGCAAGCGCAACAACUUCCUUGUUGAGGAGCUCGAGACCUGGAAGCAGCAGUUCCUCAAGUUCCAGGCCUUUGCCGAGCAGCUUACCAAGGAGACUUCCGAGCUCAAGGUCAAGAUCGAGAACCACAAGCGUGAGAGCCGUCGCCUCACUGGUCUUAUCGACCAGCAGAAGGAUGAUAUCACUCGUCUCACUUUCCGCCUGUCUGGCACUGAGAAGCAGCGUGAUGACGCGCUCGAGGCUCUCGUUCUUCAGCAGGAGAUUGCUGAGGAGCUCGAGCGUGAGCGCAAGCGCAACCAGAAGGAGAUCUCCGCCCUCUCACACACUAACUCGACUCUGUCUCGCGAGCGUGAGGAUGCUCAGCGUGUGGUUUUGCACCUGCGCAGCCUCAUCAACGGCCAGAGCCACCACAUGGAGCACAUUGUUCGCUCCAUUGGCAGCCGGUCGGAGAUUACUGAAAUCGUCGAGCAGGGCUACGAAGACGCUCCCGAGGAGCCCAAGGAGGAGGUGUCAGUCGUUGAGUCGAAGGAGUCCGUCAAGUCUGUCAAGUCUGUCAAUGGUCAAAAAUCUUUGGUAAAUGACAUGAGCCCCGAGCUGGAGCAGCAUUUGCUGAACCUCGGCAAGGAUCACAAGACCCUUGCUCGUUUGAGCAUCACAGAUGUCGCCGACCGCUACUUGCGGGACAAGACAGAUGCCAUCGCAGAUAUCAUCCGCAGCAUCAGCGACCAGUGUGCCGCCGCCGUCGAAGGCUUGCACCUCGCCCAGGAUGCCGAAGACGAGGAAGAGACCGAGGCCACCAAGAUCCACCAGAGCGACCGCCUGGCCUCCGAAUAUGAAGCCUCCACCCGCGCCGCUAGCGAAAUCAGCGACGCCGACAACAACUCCCUCCACCCGGACAACCGCCACUCCAGCAUCCCUCCUACCCCGGAUCUGGUUCACAACCGCUCCAGCACCUCAAUGUCCAUGGUGAGCAGCUCGACUUUCCCCGAGCGGUCAAGUCAGCAGUAUGGCCCCGGCGAUGUCCCCACUCGGAUCGUCGAGGAUGAUGACGAGCACGCCCACGACUCCGAGAACGUCGACGACCAGCAGACCGAGACUGGCACUCUGUCCAAGCAGGCUAGCGAGGAUCUGAUGCGGCCAUCUGCCGCACGGGUCAUCUAG